CUCCCCCAGGAGCUGCUCGACGUCGUCUCCCUCUUCGCGGCCCUGCUCGGGACCUUGUCUGUGCAUUAUGCCCAGAACGGCACCAGUGCGCCUGUCGACUUGCGCCAGAUUUCACAGGCCGUCAGCCUCGCAUGGGGCCGCCGGCGAAUCACCCUCGCCGAUGUCCGGCGCUGCAUUGGGGUUAUGGACACCACCGGGUCCAGUCCGUUCUCCCUCGUCGACUAUGGAAAUAAGAAAUUCUGCAUCGAGCUGGGCGAGGGGUUCCGAGACCGGCCGCUGGACGAGGCCGGGCUGAUAGACGUGUUCGAAGGGAACCUGCGCGAUGUAUGGACGACCGUGGGUGAUGCUGCAGAGGGGGAAGACUGCGGUGCUCUUGUGCAGAGUCUGCCAAAGGCCGGCGUGCAUAGCUGUGAGAGCGUGGCCAAGGCAUCACCACUGUUGGCACGAGGCCAGAGGGCCAUGGCAGAACUGAGAAAAGACAUCGAGACGAGAAAGGACGAGAAGGAGGCCGCUAAAAUCGUGAGCCAUCCUGCAGCCAACAGCGACGGCACAGGCCCUGGCCAGAAGCUGUCCCUGCUCGAGCGCCUCCGGGUCAAGGAGGCCCAUCUCGCCCAGCUGGCGGCCACAGGACCUACGGCUGCUGAGCUGGAGCGCAGAGCCGCCCUUCAGCGGGCCGGCGAUGUCGCCGCGGUCAUCGCCAUGCUGGCCAAGUCGGCACCCGCCGCCGGCAUGGGUGGCAGGGUUUCGUUCACGAUGGCCACCGUGCUGCAGAAGCUGAAGGACUCGUUACGCCUGCCCAUCUCGAAAGAGGAAGGGGCUGCCUGUGUGCGGCUGCUCUCUAGCGAGGUCGCGCCAGAGUGGCUGAAGAUCGUGAAGAUCGGGUCCAAGGAAAAUGUUGUCAUGACGGUGGGCCGGGCGCUCAGCUCCGGGGCAGUAGCUGAGAGGGUCAAGAUGUUGUCUACUUGA